AUGGCGUGGAUUUUACCAGCGUUUUUGACGAUAGCUCUUGCAGCCUCGUCUAAUACCUUAUCAAAUGAAUCGAAAGCAUGCACAAGCAUGUGUACGGAUUAUUGCCGUAGUGCUUAUCAAGGCCUUUCAACAUGUCUUGAUGCUUGCCAAAAGAAUUUAUGCAACUCUCAGUCGCCACUUGCCUUAGCUAGACUCCAAGCAUUCUUCGCUGAAGAAGCAGCUGCCACAACUGAAGAAUCAGCACCUGCAGCUGAAGAGGAGGCUCAAGAGCCAGCAUCAGAUCCAGUAGUCGAGCCUACUGAGGAAGCAACCCCUACUGAAGAAGCUACAACAGUUGAACCAACACCAGAUGAGGAAGCACCAGUAGAUCCUUCGGCACCUGUAGAGCCAGCACCUGCUGAGCCAGAAACCCCUGUUGAGCCAACACCAGAGGAACCAGCACCAGAGGAACCAACACCAGAGGAGCCAGCACCUGCAGAGCCAGAAACCCCUGUUGAGCCAACACCUGUGGAACCAACACCAGAGGAGCCAACACCAGUAGAGCCAACACCUGAGGAACCAACUCCAGUAGAGCCAACACCUGAGGAACCAACUCCAGUAGAGCCAACACCUGAGGAACCAACUCCAGUAGAGCCAACACCUGAGGAACCAACUCCAGUAGAGCCAACUCCAGUAGAGCCUACACCAGUUGACCCUCAGACUCAUGAUCCAAAUCAUCCUGGACAUGAAUACGAGACCAAUCACCCAGAUCAUCCUUACCACGAUAAGGAAAAAGAGCACGAUGAUGAGGACUGGGAUGACUAUGAAGAUCAAGAUGAUUAUUCACAUGAAGAAGCCACAACUGAAGAGGAAACUACCACUGAAGAGGAAACCACAACUGAAGAGGAAACCACAACUGAAGAGGAAACCACAACUGAAGAGGAAACCACAACUGAAGAGGAAACAACCACUGAAGAGGAAACUACCACUGAAGAGGAAACCACCACUGAAGAGGAAACUACCACUGAAGAGGAAACCACCACUGAAGAGGAAAUCACAACUGAGGAAACCACAACAACAGAAGAGACAACAACUGAGGAAACCACAACUGAGGAAACAACAACUGAGGAAACCACAACUGAGGAAGCCACAACUGAGGAGACAACAACUGAGGAAGCCACAACUGAGGAGACUACUACUGAAGAAGCCACUACAGAAGAGGCUACUGUAGAGGAGACCACCGAAGAGUCAGCUUCAACUGAGGAAACUAGCACUGAAGAGGCCGCUCCAGCAGAAACAACAGAAGAAGCCACCACUGAAGAGUCAACAGUCGAGGUCUUGCCAGCUGCUCCAGAAGAAGUAGCUCAAGCAGGCUGGGGACUGAUUGUAUUCCAAGUUUGCAUAGUUGCAGCAGUCGCUAUCUGGUCAAGCACAGAUCGCAACCAGACACCCUCACCCCCCUAAAAGAGGUACCCCUAACCCCCACCCCCCUUUUUAAUGGUAUCCCCCCAUUUUAAUAGCACCCUCAACCCCUUUCACAGAUGUCACUCCCACCUCCUAAUAUAACAUAGAUAUAUGGCUAUAUGGCAAAUGCUAAUUUAGAGCAGGCAUAAUAAAUAAAUUAUUAUUUUAAAUAUUCAAAAUUACUGAUUUAUACAUUAUCUACAUAGUAUAGCACAAUCGAUUAAGGAGUAGGUGGAAUGGGGUGAGAAUUUCCUAUAACUACUAAGCAAACACAUAUGAAAAAAAUUUGUUAAAAAGCAUAAUAAUGAUCUUUGGUAUUAAUUAGCAAUAUAUCCUGCAUAUAUUUAUGAACUUUGUGUGAAAAUGGCUAAAGAGUCGAAUUAGAGAUCCAAAAGUAAAACUGACAAUAGAAAAUACGAUUUUUAUUAGCACUAUUGAAUCCUGCUACCAAUUUAGUCCGCAAUCCUUGUACAAUGGGCAUCAGAUUAGUUUUAAUUUAUGAAUAAUUAAUUUAAUGCAAGUUAUUGUAUGCGCUUGGCUCAUUUAAUAAUUAAUGCCAUUAUCUAUACCUUAGGCAUUGUAUUUAUAAAUAUAUAAAAAAAACAAAUUUAAUAUAUUUUUCUAAUUAAUUGUUAAUUAAUUUAAAUUUAUUAAUUAAUCAUAAAUAUUAAAGUAAUUUAUGGACUUAAUUUAUGAAUAUAGUGUUUUAAUUGGAUUAUAUUUAAAUUAUUCUGCUUUUUUCCUAUCAAUUACUUCUAUAGGAUAAACCCUUUACUUUUUGAGAGGGGGGUGGGGGUGCCAUUUUUAGAGGGAUGGGGGUGGGGUGGGGUGGGGUGGGGAUGGGGUUUCCCUGCUUGUGGGGUGGUGGGGUGGUGGGGUGGUGGGGGUGUCUGAUUGUGGCCUGUGCUUGACCAGCUAUCUUUGCAGUGAAAUAUUACUUGAAUUCAAGAAAACGCAGAGUAUCUAUCAAAUACUCAUUCCAAGCAGGAGAAUCUGAGGCUCCUUAUGCACGCUUGAUUAAAAACGUUUAA